AUGUCCGCUGUUGAGUACGAUGCGAAAGGCAUGCCCUUCAGGCGCCUGGGCCCCAGUGGCCUGCGCGUGCCCAUUUUCUCACUGGGUGGAUGGUUGACGCUAGGUGGAACUGUCAAGGGCGACCCCGUCAAGGACAUCAUCAAGGCCGCGUACGACAAUGGCAUCAACAUGUUCGACACGGCUGAGGUCUACGCUGAUGGGAACUCAGAGAAGGAAAUGGGCCGGGUCAUUCGGGAGCUCAAUCUCCGCAGGACCGACCUGAUCAUCACCACCAAGCUCUUCUGGGGACACAGGAACAGCCCGAACGGCACUGGUCUUUCCAGAAAGCAUAUCAUCGAAGGGACGAAGCUGUCUCUGGAACGGUUGGGUUUGGACUACGUAGAUGUGAUUUUUGCCCACCGCCCGGACUUCACUGUUCCGAUGGACGAGAUCGUUCGCGCAUUCAACUACGUGAUUGACCAGGGCUGGGCGUUCUAUUGGGCAACCUCAGAGUGGUCCGCUCGUGAGAUUGAGGAAGCGUACCACGUAGCGGACAAGCUCGGUCUGCAGGGUCCUAUCGCCGAGCAGUGUCAACACCACAUGUUCCACCGUGACCGUCCGGAAGGCGAAUACGCACCCCUGUACCGGAAAUACGGUCUCGGCACUACUGUCUUCUCCGCGCUCGCGAGCGGCCUCCUUACUGGCAAGUACAACAACGGCAUUCCGUCAGGCUCGCGGUUCGAGAACCACAAGGACUUCUUCAAGAACACGAUCCAGAGCCUGAACGAGGAGGAGGGCCUGAAGAAGCUCGAGAAGGUCAAGACGCUCACGACGUUCGCCGAGAAAGAACUGGGCUGCACGGUCGCGCAGCUCGCGCUCGCGUGGAUCGCGAUCAACCCGAACACGAGCACGGUCAUCCUCGGCGCGUCGCGGCCCGAGCAGGUCGUCGAGAACCUCAAGGCCCUCGAGGUGAUCCCGAAGCUGACCCCCGCGGUGCUCGAGAAGAUCGAGGAGAUCUUGCAGAACAAGCCUGCGCCUCCGUCGACCUUCGGUCGGCCGGCGUUGGAUGUGUACGGGAGGCUGUGA